UCAAGACUAGAGAAGGAGGAGCGGGAAGUAAAACCCUACAAUACGGUGGACAAGAAAAGAGAAAGAGAAAGCAAUGGAGAAAACGGUGGCGACAUUGGAGAAAGGAACAGUAUGCUCAGCUUGGAAUUACAGCGCUCAAAGAUUAGCUACUGGUUCAAUCAAUGGUCUUCUCACCAUCUUCGAUUCUCCUGACCCUGCUUCCUCUUCUCCCUUCUCUCCUUCCUCUUUUCAGGUGCAUGAGGGUAGCAUUGUGAAGGUGGCAUGGGUUCCUCCAGAGUAUGGAGAUGCCAUCGCGUGUAUUUUGGAUGAUGGGACGUUAUCAUUAUGGGAAGAAGUUACAGGAGAGGGGCAAUCACUUCAGUGGAAGAUCUGUACCAAGUUUCAGAAUAAAAGUGCCCGUGUAUUAGAUAUUCAAUUUGGAGGAUCCUCUACUUGUUUGAAGUUGGUUGUUGCAUAUUCAGAUGGGUAUGCCAAAGUCUAUGAGCUCCAAAAUCCUUUGGAACUGAACACUUGGCAACUUCAGGCCGAGUUCCAGAAUGUCAUUGACUCUGUAUCUAAAUUUGCGAAAGCUUCAUGCUUAUCAGCAUCCAUUUCAUGGAUUCCACAAAUAGGUGAAAGCCAGCAAUUGAGCUUCGUUCUGGGAUUCAAUUCAGAUAUACCACAACUCAAUUCUUCCAAGGUCUGGGAGUUUGAUCAACUACAUCAAAGGUGGCUUACUGUUGCAGAGUUGGCUUUACCUGAAAACACUGGUGAUCCGGUGCAUGCAGUUGCAUGGGCUCCCAAUAUUUGCAGGCCGUAUGAAAUAAUAUCUGUUGCAACUCAGAUGGGUAUAGCAAUAUGGCAUAUUGGUUUGCACCCUGAUGUUAACGGACACCUCUCAGUUGAGAAGAUUGCUUUGCUAUCAGGUCACCAGGGCGAGGUAUGGCAAAUGGAAUGGGACAUGAGCGGAAUGACUUUGGCAAGCACCGGGAGUGAUGGGGUGGUUAGGCUUUGGCAGUCUAAUCUGAAUGGUGUCUGGCAUGAGCAGGCAGUCUUGGAACCUACCUCGUAGUGUUGUACCGCGUAAUGGAAUACUUAAGCCGGCCUGUCUAUGGCCGCGAAUUUGUAUGGCUGACAUAGUGACAUUCUUAUAGUGACAUUCUUAUGGUAAUCAAAUUCUAGAGCACAGAUUAUGCAAGAAUUAUGACUCAUUUGUGACCAACUGUCAAAUUUGUGUAGAUGAUAAAUUCUUUACUCGAUA